UUUGGUAUCGAUCCAGUAACACCCCCUGCUAUUUAUUCUUUCAAUAUUUUCAAUGUACAGAAUUGACCCUUCUACAGAUUUAUUCUAAUAUGAAUGAAUGAAUGAAUGUGUUAUAAACGUAAGAGUAGACAAAUAUUAUCAGAAAGCUCCGAACUGCUAAGCUAUCGGGAGUUAUACCUACGUGUUAUUGUGAGUCAACCAUAAGAGAUAUACAUUUGCUGUCGUGGAAUAUUUUUUAAACAAUUUUAAGGAGAACAUUUCCGUCAUACAUUAUUUCUGUGUAGCUUUAACCUUUAUAUUGUUGUCUAUGCACGAUUGUUUUCUUCCGUUCACCGCGGGACGUGAAUUGUGACAAUGUCUCAACAGUUACGUUGUAUUAAUUGUGGUAUAAAUGUGUUCCGAAUGCAACGGCAUUUAGUUGAAUCUGACGAUGUCCGUUCAUUGUUACGGCAAUGGACUUCACUUUCUGAGACGUUGGUGAGGAAAGAAUAAUAUAAUUUUAAUAAUAAGUAAUACAAAGUUGAAAUGACAACAAGAGUGAGAACGAAACAAGGUGUGCUAGUUGGUGCAAGAAGAAAAACUCAAAAUGGAUUCGAAUACGAUGACUUUCUAAACAUCCCAUACGCUAAGCCUCCUGUUGGAGCGCUACGAUUUAAGAGUCCUCAACCACCAGAGCCGUGGCUGGGAGAACGAGAUGCCACAGUUUACAACGAAUCGAAUCUCUGUAUACAGUACGACAUAUUUAAACAAAAAAAUCGAGGCAGUGAGGAUUGCCUUUACGUGAACGUCUCCACACCGAAGGUACCUGCAGCAGGACUACUAGCCUUACUUCCAGUAAUGGUGUUCAUUCAUGGUGGAGGUUUUGUGUUCGGUAAUGGACUUGCGAAAUUUGAAAAUGGACCAGAUUACCUAAUCGAGCAAAACGUUGUUGUCGUUACUAUGAACUAUAGACUCAACGCCUACGGAUUCCUGUCUCUAGAUAUACCUGAAGCCUCAGGAAAUAUGGGACUCAAGGACCAAGUCAUGGCAUUGAAAUGGGUUCAAGAAAAUAUCGAGCAUUUUGGAGGUAACAAGAAUGACGUCACAAUUUUCGGCAUCAGUGCUGGUGCGGCCUCCGUAGAAUUUCUAAUGAUUUCUCCAUUAGCUCGAGGUCUGUUUCAUAAAGCUAUCUUGCAAUCUGGAUCAGCUCUGAAUCCCUGGGCAUUAGACAGUCCAGAAAAUAUAAGGAAUCACACUUUAAAACUGGCACAAGAGCUGCACUAUCAAGGACCCUUAGAUGACUACCAGGCUAUACAUAAUCAUUUGAUGAAUGUUCCUGCUGAGUACAUAAAAUUAGCAGCCAACAAAGCCACAAACCCUGCACAAGUAAAAGGAGUUUACUUUGGAUUUGGACCAACGAUUGAAAAAGAUUUUGGAAACGGUGAAGCAUUUUUGACAGAAAACCCAUACGAAUUAUUGCAAUCAGGAAGAUUCGUUAAAGUGCCAGUAAUGAGAGGAUUCACUGAUUCUGAGGGGUUCAUUGAAGCUGGUACUAAGCCACAAGAUGUUAAAGAAGUUACUACGUUUAAAAAUUAUAUUGAUUUUUGGAGGUAUCCUUUAAAUGCUAGCGAUGCGGCCUACUACAAUGAAAGAUUACGACAAGUUUACGAUAGUUAUACAGGGGAUGACAUCGAAAGACCAGCUAUCGACUUUUUUGGAGAAUUUGACUUCGUUAGUGGUGUUAUCGCUAGUUCGAAACUAUUGGUGAAGCAUGGUGUACCUCUCUACUUAUACGAGUUUACGUACGACGGUAGCCUCAACUUGCUUAAAGCUUUGAAUGGAGUAAAUAAGACCGGUGCAGCACAUGGCGAUGAUACAGCUUACACGAUACAGAUCGAGCCUGUCCCGAUGUUGACACAGGAUGAUGUUAUUGUUCGAGACAGAAUCUCCAAGUUGUGGACUAACUUUGCUAAAACUGCAAAUCCAACUCCGAACACAAGUCCCUUGCUGCCGCUACUGUGGCCGCCGUACAGCAGCAGCGAACAAUUCUACAUGGUCAUCGACAAGGAUAUGUCCAUCAGAGCCAAAUAUGCUGACGACAGGAUGCAGAUCUUUGAAGAGAUCUUGAACAAAUACCAUCGAUAGACGAAUAAAACUGGGAUAAAAUUGCAAUGUAAUUGACUCCAAGUUUGCUAUUACUCGCAAUAAAAUUUCGUGUAUUGAAAGGAAGAAUCGUGAAUAUCCACCUUUUAAUCUAUAAUUAUUAUCUUUAAGUAAAUAUAUAACUUAGUUAAGCACCAUACAACUCACACACGUAUAAGAAAAUCUAACUCACAAUUUCAGUUUCUUAACUGUUCUGUGAUACAAAGUAGUACUGCUACGUACGGUAGGUACAACUAUUUGGUCAACGAGCUUGUCUUAUUUUAAAGAGUCAAUCGAUCUUUAAGAUAAAUGAUACAUAGGUGUAAAAAUAUUAUUUCAUGAUCUUUCCUUGUAUUUAGGAAUUAAGUCUAAAUUAUCAAGUGUUUGUUCAAUUUGUAAUAAGUAAAUUUUAAUAAACUACAAGUCAUUGUCGGAAGUAUGGGGCAAUAUCACACAAAAACCUAUUUGCUUUAUGUGUUUUUUAUUAAGAAAUCUAAGUACCUACGGAUUUUACCAAUAUGUAAUCCGUUGGCUAUUGUAUGUGUGUAUAGAAAAACUUGGUCCAUUAUGUGUUACUCUGUGCCGACAUAAGUUAGUUACAUCAUAACAAUACCAUUACAGCUGUGUUCUACUCAUCUUUUUGUUACUUCACCGUUUCUCAAAGUUCUCAUGAGAAGCGAGAUUUAUGUAGUUUUUCCUUGUACUUAUAAGUUAGACAAAAUCAUUUUUUUAUUAAACAAAAUUAUGUAUAAAUAAAACUGUGUUUAUAAUAUGAUGACGAUCGAAUCUGAUGAUGCUUUAACUUACUUUAUUUAACUUUUUUAUAUUUUUACAUAAAUAAAUCAAAUUGAUUUUA